CAUAAAGGGAAGCGGAGACUUGCUCGGACAGCACUUUGCUUUUCCUUUCAUUCAGACGCCGCGGUCAGCGCAGACGCACUCUCAGCAUGAACCGCUCCACCGAGCUGCCUUCUCCUUCUCCUUCUCCUUCUCCUUCGGAUCAAAUGGCCCCCGAGGAGUUUGACGGCGGCACGGCGGUGGCUUGUGUGAUCCUGGGCCUGUCCUUCCUGGUGGGAGCUCCGGGCAACCUGCUGGUGAUCUGGACCAUCCUGAGACACGUCAAGCAGCGUUCCCACACCGUGAUGCUCAUCCUGCACCUGGCCGUCGCCGACCUGCUGGUCCUCGUCACCCUGCCGCUCUGGAUCUACUCCCUGGCCCGCGCCUGGCUGCUCGGAGAAGCCCUUUGCAAGGCGUUGGUGUACAUCGUAAGCGUGUGCAUGUUCGGCAGCAUUUUCUUCAUCACCCUCAUGAGCGUGGAGCGCUAUUUCGCCAUCUGUCAUCCAUUUGCGAUGAUGCGCUGGAGGAGGGAGAGCGCCAUGAACGGAUGUCUGGUACUUUUGUGGGCCUUCGCGUUGCUCCUCGGGGCGCCAUCUUUACUGACCGGGCCUUUGGACGGACGUGACGGAAGCGAGCAGUGUUUCGUUUUUGAGUUCACCUCCGAGACACGAGCCAUCGCGAUGUUAUGCCUGGAGACCUCGUGCGGCUUCGUGGUUCCUUUUAUCAUUCUCGGCAUCUGCUACUCGCGAGUGGCGGCGCAGCUCAGGAAAAUGAGUUUCGAAUCCAAACCGAAGUCCACGCUUCUGGUUCACGCCGUGGUGAUAGCGUUCGCACUGUGCUGGUCGCCUUACCACGUCGUCAACGCCAUCGAUCUGGUUUGCAUUCUGGGGUCGGGCGCGGAGCGCGAAUGCGUGCCGGAGAGCGUCGUCUUCGGCUCCGGCGCCCUGGCGUUCAUCAGCAGUUCUGUGAAUCCCGUUUUAUACGCCCUCUUUGCAAGGAACCUGCAGGAGAGUCUGGAGCGGUCCCGACUGGUCCGGCUGUUCCAGGAAAUGGCCGCGCACACCAACACACUCAGGGACGUGGUAGUGCGGCAGCAGACGGGACAGAGGGCAGCAGAUUCACAGACGGAGCUGAUGUCUGAUAGGGGGGGAAAAGUAACCGUGCCGACGGGGACAUGUGACGUUUCUCCUCUGUAGUUGAUGAAGGGAUUAUAUUUUAGUUUGAAGACGUAUAUAGGAUGUCAGGCUUUAAAGGCCGGCACGCUACAUGUAAAAUAGUGCUGUUAAUGUUCAUGUGUAGUGAUUCACAUCAUUAACACUCCGACACCUGAUCGCAAUUUUAGGUGUUUCUCAAUUUUGCCGAUAAUUUAUUGCUAUGUAGUUUUAAAAAUGUGAACACUUAAAAAUUAUUACACACUC